GCCUGAUUUAAGCUCAGGGUCAUGGGUGCUAAACGACCUCAGCGUCGUAGAUCGUCAGUUUCCAAAGCUAGUAGGAAGAGGAACAAAGCAAUGAUUGAGCGAAGUUUAGACCUAUUAAAUAAUCAUGCAUUGACUUUCCGGAACGAAUUGAAGGCUCACUCGGAAUCUAACAAAAGGGACAAGGAUCCAUGCCUCCAGUUGGAAAAUUGCACUGAACAAUGGCAACACCAUGUUAGUAAUGCGGAGACUCGGCAUCGUGUGUUCGGGCACAGAGAUGAUAAUUCAAUUGGUGUCACCAUCUUGAAACAUCGACUUCGGUGGCUUGGACAUGUUCUACGAAUGUCGUCCCAGAGAAUUCCACGUCGUGCAUUAUUUGCCGACUCUGGGACUGGUUGGAAGAAGCGGAGAGGUGGUCAGUAUAUGACAUGGUGUCGUGGUAUGAAAGAAAGCUGCAAAGGGCUGGCUUCUAUUGGUUCUCCACGACUCCUUGGCUGGGGUCCGAGAGAUAGUGCAACACAAUGGCUAGAGACGUUAUCAGAUAUGGCUGAGAAUAAAAGCCAGUGGCGAUCCUGCUGUAACCUUUUACUUUCUUCGUAA